ACAGCUAUCAACCAUGCGCAAUCGAGCGGUCCUCCACCCCACCCAUCCCUUCCCUUUUAUACGGUCUUCAUCUCUAUCCCUCUCAUUUGUCUGUCUGUCUGUUCUUUAAUUCUUCUUCUCCUUCAUUCUUCUGUCUCAAACCGAAUAAUCAACUUAACCACUAGUUCAUCCAGAAACAACAGUUAUGAUGGAGUCAAUGGAGUCAUGUGUCCCACCUGGAUUCCGGUUCCAUCCGACAGACGAGGAGCUUGUUGGGUAUUAUCUGAGGAAGAAAGUUGCAUCACAGAAGAUUGAUCUUGAUGUUAUCAGAGACAUUGAUCUCUACAGGAUCGAACCAUGGGAUCUUCAAGAGAGAUGCCGAAUCGGAUAUGAGGAGCAAAACGAGUGGUAUUUCUUCAGCCACAAGGAUAAAAAGUAUCCAACAGGGACAAGAACUAACAGAGCAACCAUGGCUGGUUUUUGGAAAGCAACAGGACGAGACAAAACAGUGUAUGAUAAAUCAAAGCUGAUUGGCAUGAGGAAGACUCUAGUUUUCUACAAAGGAAGAGCUCCAAAUGGACAGAAAACUGAGUGGAUCAUGCAUGAAUACAGGCUUGAUGAAUCCCAAGAGAAUGGACCUCCACAGGAGGAAGGAUGGGUGGUUUGUCGAGCGUUCAAGAAGAGAACCACUGGUCAAACCAAGAGCAAUGAAGGAGGGGACUCAAGCUAUUUCUAUGCUGAAGCAAGUGGUAUUAGCUCCGUGGUUGAUCCAAUCAAUUACAAAUCGAGGCAACCCAAUAGUUUUUUACCCCAAAAUUUUUUGUGUAAGCAAGAGACAGACGCAGAUAAUUUAAACUGUGUCCACUCUGAUCAGUUUGUACAGCUUCCUCAGCUGGAGAGCCCAUCACUGCCAUUAAUAAAGAGGCCAAGCACGAUAUCUCUAAUAUCAGAGAAUACUAAUUAUGAAGGAGAAGAAGAACAGAAUACAAUAAUGUGCAACACCACCAAGAGAGUCACUGAUUGGAGAGCCUUUGACAAGUUUGUUGCUUCUCAACUGAGCCAAGAAGACAGAUAUGAUGGUGAUCAAGGACUUUCAAGCUUUGACGCCAAUAAUAAUAAUAACUCAGACAUGGCAUUGGCAUUGCUGUUAUUGCAGAGUAGCAGUAGACAAGAAGGGAACAAGCUGAGCGAGUUCUCGAAUUAAAGUUCAGAUUGUGAUCUGGGAAUAUGAAUAUUUGAUAAAUGAAGGAAAAAAGAGAUCACAAAGAGGCUUUUAUCGUUUAGUAUUAUAAACAUUUGAUGCAUAAUGAGACAUAUAUUUGUAAAAAUAUGGUUGCAUGCAAAGUAUUCAAAUUAGCUGGAAUUUUGGGGCUAAGAAUUUUUUGUUAAUGCAGUAGGCUAAGUUCUUACAUGUAACAAUAUUGUCAUGCGAUCUCUCUCCCAAAUAACGCAAAGGCUUAAUUGAAUAGGGUUUCUACCAACCAUAUGACUCCCAUCAUCCUUAUUGGGACAGUGUGGUUGUGACUACAGACAA